AUGGAUGAAAUAAAAGCCAGGAAUGGUUACGGUAAGGUUCACUUCAACACUACCACUCUGUAUGGUAUAUCGAAGGGCGUGGAAAACGAAAAAGGUCGGACGUUCAAGGUGAUUCCACUGCCCCCCGAGAUCGACCGAGCUACGAUUCCUGGACGCAGCCAGUGGAAAGACGUCGGAAAGGUCUGCGACGAUGGCGUCGUCAGUGAUCCGUGCUCAACUUCUUCAUGUUUUCAGAAUCAACAGAUCCGAAGAAUGUUCAUCUCUGGCGGAGUGUCGAUGUUUGCCGAGACAAUGCGUCCUUGUCUAGAGAAACAUCACGGACGUGUGCUAUCGUCGUUCUCUGAAGUGGUUAACAAAAGCAUUCCCUUCUGGGAUAAGCUUGCUGAAAUAGAUCGUGAAGGAUGGGCUGCAAGAGCCCGUGUAGAGAAGAAGAGCGAUCACUAUAUUUAUAUCCGAAAGGCGCACGGGAAAAAAGGCUGUGGUGAACGAGAAGUGCUGAGCCUCCAACUAAGCGACUGCGAAAGUGAUCCGGAUGAACUGCCUGGACAGAUCUGUGACGUGCAGUCUGUGGAACGCCAUAUGGAAAUGCUGGAACGUAGUGAACCAGAAAGCAAUCCACCGCCAGCACCAGGCAGUUGUCGUCCAGGAAGACCAUCAACACUGCCAAAGACACCACCGCCGUCGGCACCUGUACCACCCCCUGCUCCUCCUCUUCCCCGGGAAGAAAGCUUCGUACGUGUACGAAUGGCCGUACCAUCACAACCUGCUCACCGUGCAGAAGUGCUAUACAACUGGACACCCGCCGAUCGAAGCCUACGCUUUGAAAAAGAGGCGACUUGGCGAGGAAGAACUGUUUCAACCGAUCAAACCCGUCGUUUUAAUCGCUGCACCGGAGGAUUCCGCGAUGCAGCUCUGAUACAAGGAAGUCAGUGGUGA